AUGCCUACAUACCUGGCCACACCCACACCACACAUGCCUAUAUACCUGGCCACACCCACACCAUACCUGGCCACACCCACACCACACAUGCUCCACCACUCCACCACCGACUACUUCAAACUGGAGUCCCCCAUCUCAGCAAAUAUUGUGAUGAGCAAGCUCCUGGAUUACGACACAGUUAAAAGCAUAGAAUUCAACUUGAUUGUCCAGGACACAGAAACGUCUACCCCACCAUCUCAUACGGCCACUGCCAAGGUCAUAAUCACCGUCAAAGACGUUGACAACCGGCCGCCAUGGUUUCAACCCUGCACCCCGGAGGUCAUCGGCCAAGCCAAAGUCUGCCUGAACACAGGGUACACGGGCCAGGUCAUCCUAACACAACAAGCGCCUGGUCCUCUGCCUUUGAAGCCUGAGAGUCUGCGUGCUGUAGACGGGGAUGAAUUCAUCAAAGCCUUGAUUUCCUACAGACUCCUGAGUGUGAGCGACAUCUUUGCAGUCAACGAGAACACCGGAGAGAUCACAAUGAAGAAAGCUGCUGAUGUGGCAGGUCCUAUCGUCCUGACUGUUAUGGCCUAUCAGACGCUCAACGCUGACCGGUUCGCCACCACCACUGUGACCUUUGAGGUCAAGAACACGAACAACAGCCUGCACCCGCCCACAUUUGAGAAGGCCUCCUACGACGGCUACAUCUCAUUGGACGCAGGUGUGGGCAGUCUGGUCCUGGAGGGGGAGCAUUCCAGCAAACCACUGCAGCUGCAGGCCACAGACCAGGACUUUGCUGAUGGUCUGAAUCCCUUCAUGCAGUAUGAGCUCCAGGGCAGCAGUGAGUUCAGCAUCACGCAGCAGGGCUUCAUCAUCAUGACCAGAGCAGCCACUGCAGGAGCCGUCUCCUUCCAGGUGCGUGCUGUGGACACUGAAAGUGGUGAGGAGGCGGAAACCGCUGUGAAGUUGGAGGUGUCUCCAGAUCCGGUGAUCCAGGUGCCGGGGACGUAUCGUGUGGAGGACAUGGUUGCCGUGGGCGUGCCCCUUGGCAUCCUGCUCCUCAUCGCCGUGGUGAUGAUCGUCCUCCUGGCCGUCUACAUCAACGGCCACAAAAAAGACGCCAGCAAGAUCAAGGAAGUCAGCCAUUUCCACAGCAACCUGGAGUCUGGAGGGGGUUUUGGACUGAAGGGCGGAGUGCACUACUCCAACAAAGGUUUCCAGGGCGACGGGGACGACGACGGAGACGACGGCGACUCGAUGGCGUCAGACGAGCCGGACCGCGCCCGCGCCGCGGAGGCACCGGUCAGCAGGGCAGCAGCGGCCCCCCUGUACGAGACCACCAGGGACGACACCGCCAGCAUAGCCGAGAGCAGCAAGAGCGAGAAAGAGGUGAAGCCCAUCCUGACCAAAGAGAGGAAGGACGACGAGGGCUACAAGGCCGUCUGGUUCAAGCAGGACAUCGACCCCCAGGUGGAGGUCAGCAUCAUCCCCGAGCGCACCGAGCAGGAGGAUGACGAUGAUGAUGAUGAUGAAGACGAAGAUGCACUUGGCGGCUACGCUUCACGGAGAGGGGUUCAGUUUACUGAUGAUGAUGGUGACGGGUCAGUGCAGGGAGAGGAUGAAGAUGAAAACUCUGACGUGGAUGAUCACCUCCAGCGUCGCGAGGAGGAUGAUGACGAUGAUCCCCCACAGACGUCCGAUUUGUAGCUUAAGAGAACAACUGUUCCUCAGGGAACCCCCGUCUGUUCCGUACACAAAGUCUCCAGAAAAGCCUUGAGUCUUCAAUAACAAAGUCUCCAGAAAAGCCUUGAGUCUUUCAUCAUAAACACUAUAAAUGCCCUGAGGCUUCAAUAACAAAG